GAUGAAGAAAAAGGUCUUUCUUUCCAGGCCCAACAGAAAGCUAGAAUAGAACAAAUACAAGAAGAAAUGAUAGAAAUACAGUUAAGAUAUCAGAAAGAAAUUGAAAGAUUAGAGAAAGAUAAUAGAGAAUUAAGAAAAAGUAUUUUAUUAAAAGAUAAAAAAGAUGGCAAGAGAAGAGUUAUGAAGAAAUCACCUAUAGAUAUGUAUUCAGAAGUAUUAGAUGAACUAGCAGAAUAUGAUUCUAAUUAUAGUACUCAAGAUAAUUUACCUCGUGUUGUAGUGGUAGGAGAUCAGAGUUCAGGAAAAACUAGUGUGUUAGAAAUGAUAGCUCAGGCUAGAAUCUUUCCUAGAGGAUCAGGUGAAAUGAUGACUAGAUCACCAGUAAAAGUAACACUAAGUGAAGGACCGUAUCAUAUAGCCCAGUUUAAAGAUAGUAGCAGAGAGUUUGAUCUUACAAAAGAAUCUGACUUAGCAGCAUUAAGACGUGAAGUUGAAUUAAGAAUGAAGAACAGUGUAAGAAAGGGACAGACAAUUAGUACAGAGUGUAUAUCAAUGUCUGUAAAAGGACCAGGAUUACAGAGAAUGGUUUUAGUGGAUUUACCUGGAAUUAUUUCGACCCAAACUAUCAACAUGGCUCCUGAUACUAAAGAAUCCAUCAAGAAAAUGGCUGCCAGUUAUAUGGAGAAUCCUAAUGCUAUUAUUUUAUGUAUACAAGAUGGUUCUCUGGAUGCUGAAAGAAGUAAUGUAACAGAUCUAGCCUCUAUGAUGGAUCCACAAGGCAAGAGAACAAUCUUUGUAUUGACUAAGGUUGAUUUAGCUGAGAGCAACUUGUACAAUCCUGAUAGGAUUAAGUCUAUAUUAGAAGGUAGAUUAUUCCCAAUGAAAGCUCUGGGAUAUUUCGCUGUAGUAACUGGUAAAGGUAAUAAUAAUGAUAGUAUAUCUACUAUUAAAGACUAUGAAGAAAAUUUCUUUAGAAGUUCCCGAUUAUUCAGAGAUGGCGUAUUAAAACCAACUCAGAUGACAACUCAGAAUCUAAGUAUGGCUGUAUCUCAAGUUUUCUGGAAAAUGGUGAAAGAAACAGUGGAACAACAGACUGAUGCUUUUAGAGCUACAAGAUUUAAUUUAGAAACAGAAUGGAAGAAUACAUUUCCUAGUUUAAGAGAAUUAGAUAGGGAUGAAUUAUUUGAAAAAGCUAGAGGUGAAAUUUUAGAUGAAGUUAUAAAUCUAAGUCAAGUAACACCUAAACAAUGGGAGGAUGCCUUCUAUGCGAAAUUAUGGGAGAAGAAUUCUAAUUUUGUGAUAGAGAAUAUUUAUUUACCAGCUGCUCAGAAAACUGAUGCAGGAACAUUUAAUACAAUAGUUGAUAUUAAGUUAAAACAAUGGGCUGAAGAUCUACUUCCUAAAAAAUGUGUUGAGGUUGGUUGGGAGACCUUACAUCAACAAUUUGAGAAACUAGUUAAUAAAGAUCAGGCUAGAAAAGGUCAUGAUGAAAUAUUUGAUAAUAUAAAACAGUCAGUAUUAGUCAGAGCUGCUAAAGAUCAUUCAUGGGAAGGAAAAGCUGAAGACAGUUUGAGAGUGAUACAGAAUAAUAUUCUAGAAGAUAGAUCAGUAACAGAUAAACAACAGUGGGAUGCAGCCAUUAAAUUUAUGGAGGAUAGUUUGAAAGGAAAAUUACAACAAGCUGAAGAUGCAUUAAAAGAAUUAACAGGACCAGGUUUUAGAGAACAAUGGUUACAAUGGAAAUCACGCACACCAGAUAACUGGAAUCGUAUUGCUACUAAUAAUGAACUGGAAAAAUUACUACAUUCUAAGAGGCAUCAUCAAGCACACUUAUCUCUAGAUGAACUAACUACAGUACGUAAAAAUUUACAGACACAAAAUAUCGAGGUGGAUAAUGACUUUAUACGAGAAACGUGGUAUCAUGUCUACAGAAAAAAUUUCUUCCAGAAUUCUCUUAGUCAAGCUAAUAAUUGUCGUAAAGGAUUUUAUUAUUAUCAACGUGGUUUUGCUGAUACAGGGCUAGAUUGUCAUGAUGUAGUUUUAUUCUGGAGGUUUCAGAGAAUGUUACAAGUUACCAGUAAUGCUUUAAGACAACAAGUAAUGAACAAUGAAGCUAGAAGAUUAGAACGUAUUAUUAAAGAUGGUUUAGAAGAUAUAGGAGAAGACAAGGAAGAAUUAUCUAAAUUAUUAACAGGAAGGCGUGUUCAACUUGCUGAAGAACUAAAAAAAGUUCGUCAGAUUCAAGAAAAAUUAGAAGAAUUUGUACAAGCUUUAAACAAAGAGAAAUCAUAAAACAGAAAUCUCAAUUGAUUUUUCAAGCCUAAAUAAUGCAUUUAGGCCAUAUUGUGACAAUUCUCUUCUAAGUUUAUUGACUAAUGAGGUUGGAUAUUUCUUGCACUCAAGAAUUUUGUGGCUUUUGAAAGAAGACAAACCAUUUAAGCUAGCUUUUUAUACAGAUUGAAAAACUAUAAAGGAUACUGUUUAGCUAAAGGUACUUCAGAAUUGAAAGAGAGACUUUUGUUGCCAAUACAAUAC